UCCACUGCUAAGAAGAUGAAUCAGAUAUGUCAAUUUGGCUCGAGUGUCAGCAAAACAUCAUCCAAUAAUGUUUCUAUUACAUUAUAUUGACAGAACAAUACAGAUUCUGGUGAUGAGUUUACAUUGAGAUGUAGGGAUAAGCUCUCCUUUUACCAACCUCCCUCGUUCUUCAUGGUGAUUGGUUCUUCAGCAACUCUCCUUACCAUCUCCUACCUCACAACACGAAAUGAUUGCACAUUGACAUGCAGUAGAAAUUAAGCAACCUCUGUCUGUAAACACCUUCAACCAACAGCCUCACACCAACACUCCUCAUUCUUAGAGAAUUCUUCUCCUUCUCUGGGUUCAACUGAGAAUCCAUGGUGAGGCUCUGGCGAUGGCUAACUGUGUCCAUGGCCCUGACAGCAGCAGCCUUCAGCUCUGUGUCUGGUCGGUUUGUGGUCGAGAAGAACAGCGUGAGGGUGAUCCGGCCAGAGCAAAUCAGGGGGAGGCACGAUGCAGCCAUUGCCAACUUCGGCGUGCCGCACUACGGGGGCACCAUGGUGGGUGUGGUCAAGUUCCCUGACAAGAACAGCACCACCGCAUGCAAUGCCUUCAACGGCACCCCUUUCAAGUCCCGAUCUAGGCGCCCUGUUAUUCUACUUGUCGACCGAGGAGAUUGCUACUUUGCUCUGAAGGCAUGGAAUGCACAGCAAGCUGGUGCUGCUGGAGUUCUAGUUGCUGACAACACUGAUGAACCUCUGCUUACCAUGGACAACCCUGAAGAGAGCCAAGACUUGGAGUACGUCGACAAGAUCACCAUUCCCUCUGCCUUCAUCAACCACGAAUUCGGUGAGACCCUCAAGAAGGCCUUGGCAAAGGGGACGACUGACCAUGUUAUCGUGAAGCUGGACUGGAGAGAAUCCAUGCCUCACCCGGACGAGAGGGUCGAGUAUGAAUUCUGGAUGAACAGCAAUGAUGAAUGCGGCCCUCGCUGCGACGAGCAGAUGAAUUUUGUCAAGAACUUCAGGGGCCACGCCCAGCUGCUUGAGAAGGGAGGAUUCACUCAGUUCACUCCUCACUACAUCACCUGGUACUGCCCAGAGGCCUUCAUACUCAGCAAGCAGUGCAGAGCCCAGUGCAUCAACAGAGGGAGGUACUGCGCUCCUGAUCCCGAGCAGGACUUCAAUGAGGGGUAUGACGGCAAAGAUGUCGUGAUCGAGAACCUGAGACAGAUUUGUGUUCAUAGAAUUGCCAAUGAGACAGGCCAGCCAUGGGUUUGGUGGGACUUCGUCACUGAUUACCAUGUCAGGUGUUCGAUGAAAGACAAGAAAUAUAGCACAGACUGUGCUGAAGAUGUUGUCAAAUCCCUUGGUUUACCUCUGGCCAAGAUCACAAAAUGCAUGGGUAAUCCAGAAGCAGAUGUUGAGAAUGACGUCCUAAAGACAGAGCAAGAACUCCAGGUUGGACAUGAUUCUCGCGGGGAUGUAACUAUCUUACCCACCUUGGUUAUAAACAAUGUUCAAUAUCGAGGGAAAUUGGAGAGGAUUGCUGUGCUGAAGGCAAUAUGUGCAGGAUUUAAAGAAUCGACUGAACCUCCUGUAUGCUUGAAUGGAGAUAUUGAGACAAAUGAGUGCCUUCGAUCAAAUGGUGGUUGUUGGCAAGAUCAAAAGUUAAAUAUCACAGCCUGCAAGGACACUUUUAGAGGCAGACUCUGUGUAUGUCCUGUAGUUCAUGGUGUUCAAUAUCAAGGUGAUGGCUAUACAUCUUGUCAAGCUGUGGGACCAGGAAGAUGUGCAAUGGACAAUGGAGGUUGCUGGUCUGAGACUAGAGAUGGACAAACAUUUUCAGCUUGCUCAGUAAAAUUUUAUAUACUUGUUGAAUUGUCCUAUCAUGCAAAAUUUCCACUUUUAUUGGACAUAAGGAUAACACAACUAUUUGCCUUGAAGGGCUCCUUGUUGACUGGUUGUCGCUGUCCUAAUGGAUUCCAUGGUGAUGGUUAUACGUGUGAAGAUACUGAUGAAUGCAAGGAGAAGCUUGCCUGUAACUGCCCUGAGUGCUCUUGUAAGAAUAAAUGGGGUGGAUAUGACUGCAAGUGCAAGGGCAACCUGUUGUACAUUAAAGGGGAGGACACAUGCAUAGCUAAAAAUAUGUCAAGAUCGAGAUGGAUACUGAUGCUCUUAGUUCUAUCAUGUGUGGCUGGUGCUAUAGCAGGAUACAUAUUCUACAAAUACAGGCUCAGAUCUUACAUGGACUCCGAGGUCAUGGCUAUCAUGUCGCAAUACAUGCCACUAGAUAACAAUGACCACCGCAAUGAGAUCCAACAGUUACGACAAGAUUCAACAGCAUAAUGAGGAGGGAUUUAGAUGUAAAUUCACAAUAUUGACAACCGAGAAUCCAUGAAAAGAAAUUAUACUGUGAGCACAAAUUUUUUAGAUAGCUGCAAGAGUGGGUCACCAAUUUGGCAUAUAUUAAUCAAUUUUGUUGUAAAAUGAAUACCGGAAAAUAAGCAUCCAUUACUAGCCAGCGGCCAACAAUUCCAGAUUGCAUGAUUAGACCAAAAUGUUUCUGCAAUUAUGCUUUCUGAUCUCUUUCAAUUCAUAAUAAAAAAUUACAUGGUAAGAGCAGAACAUACCACCAC